AUGCGUGGAUUUUUGCUACUCUGCCUCAUUGCUAUGGCAGGCGCCUCGAAAUUGGGCUACAAUUAUCGGGCAGCUGUCGAUGACAGGCGCUUUGCCGGACUUAUCGAUACGGAGGCCACGGGAUUUAGUGCAACGGAUGCACAACAGCAAAAGCAGCAGCAGCAUCAGCAGCAGCAGCAACAGCAGCAGCAGGAGCAACUGCAGCCCGUUUCCGAUGAAUUUACCAAGGAGUUUUUUACAUAUUCGGCACCCGAGGAGGAAUUUGCUGAUCGCGAGGCCACCGAGCAGAUAGCCAACAUGCUGAAGCGCAAUCUGCGCGUCCUGUUCAUCAAGUCGCCCGAGCAUCAGGGCCUCACCAAUGCUGCACUGCAGCUGGCCAAACAGUCCAGCGAGCAGCGCACGGCCAUCUAUGUGCUGACCAAGCAGGCGGAUCUUGCUGACCUGGCGCAGCGUUUGCAAACCGAGCAGCAGAGCCACGCCCACAAGCCGGAGGUGCACUUUGUGAAGUAUCGCACGCCCGAGGAGGCGGUGCGUGCCCAGCAGCUCAUCCAGCAGCAGUUCAAUGCGCUCGGCGGCAGCUCGCACAGUUCCGAUGAGGGCGUGGCACCUGUACUGGACUUUAGCUCAGCGCCAGACGCGGAGGAGCGUGCCCCAGUUGAAGCUGGUUCCGGAGCCAAGUAUUUGCCUGCGGCGUAG